AUGAGAACGCGUUCGAUUGUUUUAUCAAUCAUCAAUUACAUGCAUACUAAUACGGGAAUUUAUCCAUAUGAUUUUCACAAAUUCUACUAUCAAGGCAUACUGCAAGGCUCACGAACUAGCUGUUGCGUGGUUAUAGCAGUCAUUUUUAUAAUUUUUGUGCUCUUCAACAUUACACUAUUUACCUUUGGCGAUCAGCAUGUAGUGGCGAAAUACAAUCAUCUCAAUCUCAUCAUCAAUGUAGUCUUCACGUACAUGACGCCCAUAGCGAUGUUCACCGAUGAGAUUACGGCCAUGCGUAACCAGAAACUGUUGCCUAAACUCUUUGCACGCAUUGAUUAUGUGGAUGAGGACCUGGGUCAACUCGGCAUAACAGUGAAUAAUAAACGCGUGUAUCGUCGCAUUUGGCUAAUGAUCGUAUUGACUUUUGUUUGCGAGUUUUAUAUGUUCUUUGCUAUGAUGUGGCUGAUAGUCGAUGAAUUCGAAUGGUUCAAUGUGCUCUGGAUCUUUACCUCGAUACCGACGAUUUACAAUUCAUUGGACAAAAUAUGGUUUUUGGGCAUUUUGUUGGGUUUGAGGGAUCGUUUUGAAGCCAUCAAUACAGCGUUGGAUGAUAUAACUGAGGAAAUAGAGAAAAAUAACUUGCAAAAGCGAAAAGGACUGGUCUAUGAGCAGAGUGUUGGUGUUGGCGAGUUGAUGCUGCAUACGUCACUGUCAGUGGGAUCAGAGCGGAUUUCUGACAUCAAAUUGGAACGACUGGUAUGUAAUGCCUUCGGUGAAUUGGUGUGCGAACGUGAGUCAAACAAAAGCGCCGCUGUAAUUGUGAGCUAUGAAAAUUCGUCAUAUAAUUUCGCUGCUUUACAAGAACGUUUCAUAAGCUUGUGUCAGCUGCACGAUAGCAUUUGUCGAAUUGCCCAGCAACUUAAUCAACUCUGGGCCUAUCCGCUAUUGGUAUUGAUGGCAUUUGGCUUUGUUUUUAUUACGUCACUACUCUAUUUUGCCUACUGCGCCACGUGGAAUCAGAGCAUACCGCUGAUUUUUAGCCCCGCCAAAAAUAUAUACACUUCAUUCAUUGUGAUCGGCUACAUUGCUGGCAAGUGCGUUUCGCUGAUGUUUUUCAGUUGGCAGACAACGCAGGCGUCGCGUCGUGCUGGCAUUUGUCUGCAUAAGUGUGGCGUUGCCGCCGAUACCAAUGAGGUUUAUGAAAUUGUUAAUCAUUUGUCGUUGAAGCUCUUGAAUCACGAUAUAAACUUCUCGGCUUGUGGAUUUUUCAAACUGGACAUGGGCACUUUAUAUGCGGUUUGUGGCGCCAUUACCAGCUAUCUGAUAAUACUCAUCCAAUUUAAUAUGGCUGGGGAACAAGUGAGGAUUUCUAAGGAGCUUGCUGCUGCGAAUGAGAGCACCGCAUUGACUUUGGCUGCUGAAAAUUAUACCGUUAUGCCUUUGCAAACCACAAUGGAGGUUCAUUAA